UAUAAAUACAGUUGUUUCCCUCUCAUUUUCACCACUCAAAUAUUCAUUCCCUCAUUAACUCUCUCCAUCUGCUCCGCCACAAUGUCCACCGGCGACAACCCUGAUACCACCGGCCGCAUCAAAUCCGCACUCCGCGUGAUCCCAAACUUCCCGAAACCAGGUAUAAUGUUUCAAGACAUUACUACAUUGUUGCUUGAUCCAAAGGCAUUCAAAGACACCAUUGAUUUGUUUGUGGAACGUUACAAACAUGAACACAUAUCUGUUAUUGCAGGAAUUGAAGCUAGAGGUUUUAUAUUUGGUCCUCCAAUUGCACUUGCAAUAGGAGCAAAGUUUGUUCCAUUAAGGAAGCCAAAAAAGCUGCCUGGUGAAGUGAUAUCAGAAAAGUAUAUCUUGGAAUACGGUUCGGAUUGCCUUGAAAUGCAUGUUGGAGCAGUUGAAUCCGGAGACCGAGCUCUAAUAGUUGAUGAUUUAAUUGCUACUGGUGGCACCCUUUGUGCUGCAAUGAACUUACUUGAGCGUGCAGGAGCUGAAGUUGUUGAGUGUGCUUGUGUAAUUGAAGUACCGGAGUUGAAGGGGAGGGAGCGAUUGAGAUCGCAUGGGAAACCAUUGUAUGUACUUGUUGAGUCGCAGUUUGAGCCGAGUUCAUAGUGAUUAGUUUCUCCUAUUUUUAGGAAAAGUGUACAUCAGAGGGGUCGUAUUAUUGGCCAUAACUCUUGUCUCAAGUGGUCACUUUGGUGAUAAAACCUGCGACGACUGAUUUAGAUUCUUCUUUUUGUUAUCAUGGUGGAUUUUUUACUUGUCUCGGGUUCACAUUCAUAACAAUGCAUAUCAUUUUUCAUUCUA